AUGUCUGAGAAAAAUGUCACAUUUAAUGCUAAUGAAAUUGAGUUAGAAGAACAAGAUACUAGUUCCCAUGAUGAUGGUCUUUUUGAAACUGAUGAUGUGAUUAAAUACGAUAAAACCCCAAAUUCUAUUAUUAAAUUCUUUAGGACAUUAUUUUUUAGACAAACUAUGCAUCAAUUAUUAAAGGGAAGAAAAGGAAAUUUAAGAAUACCUGAUUUAUCUUCUUUACCAAAAACACUUGAAUAUGAAAAAUAUGAAGAAAAUAUGAAAGAAAAAUGGGAAAAAGAAUCUCAUUCUAAACAUCCUAGUUUAUUUUUAGUUAUAUUUAAAUUAGAAUGGAAAAUGUUUUUAUUGUGUUAUAUUACUAUAGUUACUUAUGAAUUGAUUGCACUUGCAUUUCCACUUAUGCUUCAAUAUGUUAUUAAAUGGAUUAAUAAUCCACAAGGGACUCUCAAAAUUGGAUUAUUAUUUAUUCUUUUAACAAUUAUCUUUCAAUUAAUCUCUUGUUUUACUCAAGAAUUUGGUAAAAAAUGGCUUUUUGUUUUGGCAGUUCGAAUAAGAAAUGGUCUUAUUGGUCUUAUUUAUGAUAAGGCAUUAAAAUUAAAUGCUUCAGGAAUAGAAGAGCCUGGAAGAUUUGUUAAUUUAAUGGCAAAUGAUGCACCAGUAUUUAUAGGGAAUGUAGAGAUGGUGUUUUUUGGUUUAGCAUCUCCAGUAAUGUUUAUUGUUCUAUUUGUUUUAAUUUAUAUUAAUAUGGGUAAAUGGGUCUAUGUUCCACUAAUUGUUUUUAUUGUAUUCUUACUACUAAAUAUUGGAUUUGGAUUUUUAAAUGGUAAAUUUUUCAGUAAAUUUGUAUAUAUGAAGGAUAAAAGAGUAUCUUUUAUGGGAGAGAUUCUUCAUAAUAUUAAGUUCAUUAAAUAUAAUAAUUGGGAAAAGACUAUAGAAAAUAGAAUUGGAAAGAAAAGACUUUGGGAAUUAUUAUUUGUUUUUCUUGUUGGAUUCUUUAGAUGUUCUUUUUUUACUUUAACAAUUGAAAUUGGAUCAUCUAUGUCUAUUGCAUUAUUUGUUACUAUGGUAUUAUCAUCAUCUGAAAUGCAAUUAGCUCGUGUGAUUACAACAAUUGCACUUUUCAAUUCAAUUAGAAUUCCUGUUAGGACUGUUGGGUUAAUGGCUACAUGUUCUACAACAAUCAUUGUGUCUCUAGGAAGAAUUAAGAGAUUCUUACUAAAACCAGAAUUACAACCAAUUCAAGUUGUUAAUAAAGAAUCAGAAAAUGCAAUAGAAAUGACUGAUGUUAAUUAUAUUUUCCCUGAUGGAGAAACUGCAUUUGCUUGUGAUGAACUUAAAAUUAAAAAAGGAGAACUUGUAUGUGUUUUAGGAAGUGUUGGAAGUGGAAAAUCAUCAUUUUUAUUAUCACUUUUAAAUGAAUUAGAAAAGAAAAAAGGAGAAUCUUAUCUUAAUGGUAAAAUUACUUAUUCAUCUCAAUCUGCUUGGUUAAUGAAUACAACUGUAAGAGAAAAUAUAUGUUUCUUAGCUCCUUAUAAUAAAGAAAAAUAUAAACAAGCAAUAAAAGAUGCUUGUUUAACUUCUGAUAUUGAUAAUUUAGUUGGAGGAGAUCAAUAUGUUGUUGCUGAAAAAGGAUCUAAUUUAUCUGGAGGUCAGAGACAAAGAAUUGCAUUAGCUCGUUCAUUAUAUAAUGCACAUGAUAUAAUGCUUCUGGAUGAUCCUUUAUCUGCUGUUGAUUUCCAUGUUGGAACUUAUAUAUUUGAAAAUGCAAUUAAGAAGAGUCUUGAAGGAAAAACUAGAGUUAUAGUAACUAAUCAAACAUACUUCAUUGAGAAAGCAGAUAGAAUUCUUGUAAUUGAUGGUAAUAAACUUGCAUUUAAUGGAAGUUUAGAAGAGUUAAAGAAUAGUAAUCUUGAAGCAUCUCAAUUUAUUAAAACUCUUUCAUCAAAAAAGAGUGAGAAUAAUGAAGAAAAUGGUGAAGUUCUUUCUGGAGAUGGUUGUAACACAAAAAUAAGAGAAGAGGUAAGAGAAAUUGGAAAAGUUUCAUUUAAAGUAUAUUGGGAAUAUAUAAAAGCAGGUUCUGUUAUUCUUUUUAGUAUGGUUUUAAUACUUUUAGCUGCAAGAAUUACAGCACUGUUCUAUUAUAAUAUAUUCUUAACUACAUGGGGAAGAUCUAUCAGACCAAAACUUGGAUUACCACAAGGAAACAGAGAAGAAUUUAAUAAGUUCUGUUAUACAUUUAUUGCUGAUUUCUUAGGUGUUUAUGCAACAGAAUUGUUUAUAAUUUUCUUCUGUGUAAAUGUAUCAAGAAAUCUCCAUAAGAAUUUAAUUCAUAAAUUAUUAAAAGCAAAACUAGGAUUCUUCGAUGUUACUCCAAUGGGAAGAGUUCUUAAUUACUUCUCAAGAGAUUUCCAUCAGAUUGAUUUUAGUUUACCUUAUUAUAUUGAACCCUUAUUAUCUAAUAUAUCAACUAUUGUCAUUACAGUCAUUACAAUUACUAAAGCUAGCAUCUAUUUAGUUAUUUUUGCUCUUGUGAUAGCUGCAGUCUUUAUAGCAUUUUAUAUUUUCACAGUAAAACCAGUCAUUGAAAUGCAGAGACUUGAAGGAGUUUCAAGAUCUCCUAUCUUCGUUCAUUUUGACCAAACUUUACUGGGACUAUCAACAAUAAGAAUCUCUAAUGGUCAAAACGAAUUCAAAAAUAAGUUAAUUGAUAAAAUUAAGAAUAAUGCUAUGGCUCUCUAUACCUGUAAGAUGGCAAAAUAUUGGUACCUUCAAAGAAUGGAUUGGAUUGGUGCUGCCAUUUCUAUUAUCACUGUUAUUGUAAUUGUUAUAACAAAAUUAAAAGCUUCAAUGGACGCUUCUACAGCAGGUACUGCUUUAACAAAUAUCACUAAUAUUCCAACUGCUAUUACUAAUUUUGCAAUGAGUUUAAUUGAAAUCGAAACUAUAAUGCAAUCAACAGAAAGAGUUUUAUUAAUAAAUAAAUUAAGAAAUGAAGAAUCAGAAAGUGUGAAAGAGAAUUAUGAACAACCUCCAAAUGAAUGGCCUUCAAAAGGAGAAAUCAAAUUUGAAGAUUAUAAAUUUAGAUAUAGAAGAGGAUUGCCAUUAGUUCUCAAUGGAAUAAAUGCAUUAAUAGAAGAUAAGGAAAAAAUUGGUGUUGUUGGUAGAACUGGAAGUGGUAAAUCAACAUUAAUGGCUGGGUUAUUUAGAAUUGAAGAACCAGCAGGUGGAAGAAUUCUUGUUGAUGGAAUUGAUAUUACUAGAGUACCAUUACAUACGUUGAGAAAUAGAAUGUGUAUUUUACCUCAAGAAGCUACUAUGUUUAGUGGUACAGUAAGAGAAAAUCUUGACCCAACAAAACAAGCUUCAGAUGAAGAAAUGAAACGUGUUCUUAAGUUAGUAAAUAGUGUAAAUGAACUUGAUGAUGUUGUAUUGGAAAAUGGUGAUAACUUUUCUCUUGGACAGCGUCAAAUUAUAUGUUUAGCAAGAGCCUUAUUGAAAAAGUCAAAAAUUUUGAUUAUGGAUGAAGCUACUGCCAAUAUUGAUAUUCAAACUGAUAAAACAAUUCAAGAAAUGGUUAGAAAGAACUUCAAUGAAUGUACAGUAAUUACUAUUGCACAUCGAUUACAAAGUAUUAUGGAUGCUAAUAAAGUGUUUGUAUUUGAUAAAGGGAAAUUAGUAGAAAAUGAUUCUCCUUCUCAUUUAAUUGAUAACGAAAAUACUAUCUUUAAUCAUCUUGUCCAACAAUCAGGUUGUGCUGAUGAACUAAAGAGAGUUGCUAAGAAAAAGAUUGUCAUGUGUACUUCUGCUUUAUCAUCAACUAAAUCACCUCUUCAAACUGAUUUAAAUCCUGAUUUAGAAAUUAAUCUUGCUGAUACAUCUAAUAGAGCUACUCCAAUCCAAUUUGAAGUGAUGAGUGAUAGAGUUGCUUCUAAUCGUCAUCUUCUUUCUCCUGUUGUUAUAAAUUCGAUUCCUGAUACUUCUUCUCCAUCUGAAUCUUCUUUAUCUAAUUAA